AAGAAACAGAAAAUCGCUACAUCUCAUUUUCGUUUUUCACUUCCGGCAAGUAUUUUUUUUCCGAUUCGGAAAAUCGAAAAUCUAUGAUAGGCUCUCAGUGAGAGACGCCAUUAAUAACACUGAAACGGUGCGAGAGGAUCAGAUCUCUCUCACUCGAGUUUGGAACACUUUCCACUCUCAGCUUCUUAAUUUUUCGAUUCGAAGCUGAGGAUCACUUUCUUCUUGCUUCUUCUUCGUCGCCGCCAUCUCUCACUUUGAAUUAUGCAGAAUACUGCGCAAGCUUGGUUUAUGGGGGGACCUAGUAACAAUGAUCAGAAGGAAUCCUCGUCUCUCCUUGCCGAUUGGAACUCUUACGCUGCCGCGAAAGCUUCGGAAGAAAGUGAAUCCUCCAACUUAGGGUUCGAUCUCGAAGCCGCUGUAAGGACUGCCAACGAUACUGUCACUGGAACUUUUAGCGUGGUUUCGAAAGGAGUGAAGGAUUUGCCAGGGAACCUCCAGUCUGCUACCACCUAUGUCCCUUCUGGAAAAGCUCUCAUGUACUUUGGUUUAUUCCUGGCCACUGGAGUGUUCUUCGUUUUCAUUGCAUUUACCAUGUUCCUUCCAGUCAUGGUGCUAAUGCCACAGAAAUUUGCUAUCUGCUUUACCCUUGGAUGUGCCUUCAUCAUUGGAUCUUUCUUUGCCCUGAAAGGUCCAAAAACUCAGCUUGCGCACAUGUCAUCAAAAGAGAGACUUCCUUUUACGUUGGGAUUCCUUGGCUGCAUGGUGGGUACUAUCUAUGUUUCCAUGGUGCUCCACAGUUAUGUUCUUUCUGUGCUUUUCUCUGUAUUACAGGUACUCGCACUUAUAUACUAUGCUAUUUCUUACUUCCCUGGAGGAUCUGCUGGACUGAAGUUCCUUAUGUCGUCUCUCAUGUCUUCAAUCAUGAAAUGUUUUGGCAGGUAAAUUGUCGAUUCCUGCCAUUCUGGAGGAGGGAAGCAAUCUGGGUUUUUGGGGUUCAAGUGAUUCCGGCUACUUUCUGACUAGUUCCGGCAGAUAAGGAACGGAAUUGGAUUGAAAUUGGUUGUACUCAUUCAGAUCUCCUAACCUUUUUUGAGUCUGUUCAAGGGGGGAGCCCUCUUAUUAAUUCCAGAUAACAUAUUUGCUGUGUUUUGAAGAAAAGUUAAAAAGUACUUUUGGAUCAAUGGUUUAGGUCUGGUUGUUGCUUAAAGGUAAACUGUUUGGUUCCUUGGUCUAGGACUACUCCACCUCUCCUUUUUGAGACAUUGUGUGACAAUUUGCUUUACGCUCUUCGACUGGUUUCUCACAUUA